AACUCACACAGUCACUGACACUGAGAGGAGAAAUGGCACAGAAAGGAGUUCAGCUGGACCGAGAAACCUUCUCUUGUUCCAUCUGUUUGGAUCUACUGAAGGAUCCGGUGACUACAGCCUGUGGACACAGCUACUGCAGGAACUGUAUUAAAGGUUUCUGGGAUGAAGAGGACAGGAAGGGAAUCCACAGCUGCCCUCAGUGCAGGAAGACUUUCACACCGAGGCCUGUCCUGGAGAAAAACAUCAUGUUAGCAGCUUUAGUGGAGCAGCUGAAGAAGACUGGACUCCAAGCUGCUCCAGCUGAUCACUGCUAUGCUGGACCUGAAGAUGUGGCCUGUGAUGUCUGCACUGGGAGGAAGCUGAAAGCCAUCAAGUACUGUUUAUCUUGUCCAGCCUCUUACUGUGAGAAACACCUCCAACCUCACUAUGAUGCAGCUCCAUUAAAGAAACACAAGCUGGUGGCCCCCUCCAAGAAGCUCCAGGAGAACAUCUGCUCUCGUCAUGAUGAGGUGAUGAAGAUUUUCUGUCGUACUGAUCAGCAGAGUAUCUGUUAUCUCUGCACAAUGGAUGAACAUAAAGGCCAUGAAACAGUCCCAGCUGCAGCAGAAAGGACUGAGAAGCAGAAGGAGCUCGAGGUGAGACGACUAAACAUCCAGCAGAGAAUCCAGGAGCGAGAGAAAGAUGUGAAGCUGCUUCAACAGGAGGUGGAGGCCAUCAAUGGCUCUGCUGAUAAAGCAGUGGAGGACAGUGAGAAGAUGUUCACUGAGCUGAUCCGUCUCAUCCAGAAAAGAAGCUCUGAUGUGAAGCAGCAGGUCAGAUCCCAGCAGGAAACUGAAGUGAGUCGAGUCAAAGAGCUUCAGGAGAAGCUGGAGCAGGAGAUCGCUGAGCUGAAGAGGAAAGACGGCGAGCUGGAGCAGCUCUCACACACAGAGGAUCACAACCAGUUUCUACACAACUACCCCUCACUGUCAGCACUCAGUGAGUCUACACACUCAUCCAGCAUCAAUAUUCGUCCUCUGAGCUACUUUGAGGAUGUGACAGCAGCUGUGUCAGAGACCAGAGAUAAACUACAGGACAUUCUGAGAGAGGAAUGGACAAACAUCUCACUGACAGUCACUGAAGUGGAUGUUUUACUGUCACCAACAGAGCCAAAGACCAGAGCUGGAUUCUUAAAAUGUUCACAAGAAAUCAAACUGGAUCCAAACACAGCAAACACACAUCUGUUAUUAUCUGAGGGGAACAGAAAAGCAACAUUUAUGAAACAACAACAGUCUUAUUCUGAUCAUCCAGACAGAUUCACUGGAUUGUUUCAGGUCCUGAGUAGAGAGAGUCUGACUGGACGUUGUUACUGGGAGGUGGAGUGGAGAGGGAGAGGAGUUGGUGUAGCAGUCACAUACAAGAAUAUCAGGAGAGCAGGGAAUGUAAAUGAAUGUUUAUUUGGAAACAAUGACAAAUCUUGGGCAUUAUAUUGUGACACAAACAGUUAUAUAUUUCAACACAACGAUGUCCAAACUGUCCUCUCAGGUCCUCGGUCCUCCAGAGUAGGAGUGUACCUGGAUCACAGAGCAGGUAUUCUGUCUUUCUACAGCGUCUCUGAAACCAUGACUCUCCUCCACAGAGUCCAGACCACAUUCACUCAGCCGCUCUAUGCUGGACUUUAUAUUUAUGGAGAUGGAGCCACUGCAGAGUUGAUUAAAGUCAAAAAGAGAAGACAGGUUCAUGUUGAUCCCUGACCAUUAUAUGUACUUGUGUAGUUUCUAAAUGAGGCUUUACAUUUUAGAAGCUGAGAAGUUCAGUGGUCCAUUGAUGUGUGAAAAUAAUAUAUCACUGAUUCAAACUGUACUUACAUUUAUAUACCUUACAUCAAUAUAAAUCUGAAUUUGUUCUUAUGGCUGAUAAUCAUGUGAGUUUCAAUGAUACUACUCUUCAUAUUCAGCAUGUUUGAAAUCUGUCAUCAGUCUGGUUAGUGGUUUUAUUCUGUAGUUGCUAUAGUGGGUUGUCAAAUGCAACAAUAUAUUGGAGCUGCAGUGAUUCAUCAGUUAGUCAAUGAUUAGAGAAUUGAUUGUUUUAUCAUUAUUUUAGUCACAUUUAAAGCUGGUUCCAGUUUCUGAAAUGUGAAGAUUGUUGAUUUUCUUGAUCAUAUCUGACUGUAAACUUAAUGUCUUUGAGGUUUGAACUUUUAAAAUGUAACAAAAAUUAAAUACUUAAUGUUUGACAUUUAAUAUUAUUUUUCAUAUGAAAAGUUUGAUCACACUUGAUCAUUUAUACAUUUAAACACAGACACUAAAUGAUACAGGCCUGUAUAUUGUGGUUUUUUGCCCUGAGCUGUGUCUGGCAGGCAGAGCGUCUCCACAAAUCUGAUGCUUCUGAUUUAGGCUAUGUCCACACGUACACGGGUAUUUUUGAAAACGGAGAUUUUCCGUUUUCGUUUUAAAAAAUAAUCCCGUCCACACGUAAAGGCAGAAAUGAAGGAAAACGCUGCUAGGAACAUGCCAAAGCAGCAGGUGGCGCUAUAUUCCUAACCGUGUAGAAAUGUUGGCCAAUCAGAAGUCUAGAAGCCUCGGUGGGAAAUAGUAAACAAAGCUGGGGCAUAGAAGCAGAACCGAGUCGUAUGUGUGGAGGGACAGUAACUGUGUGUGUAUAUGUAAGCAUUUAAACACUGCAGAGAGUACAAUUAACAGUAACAGUAUUGUAGAAAUUCAUUUCACCGAAACAACAACGUGGCGCACACUGUGACGUCAAAAAAGGCGCACACCUUUGACGCUGCGUUUUCUCCGUUUUUCUCGUCCACACGUAAAUGCAAAAACGGAGUUUUAGAAAAUAUCCACCCUGGCCGGAGUUUUUAGAAAUCUCCGUUUUCAAUGACCGAAAACGCCGUUUACGUGUGGACGAAAGGUGCAAACGCAUAGAAAAAUCUGCGUUUUCAAAAAUACCCGGGUACGUGUGGACAUAGCCUUAGAGAAAAUGAUCUGAGGGAGACACCUGGAAUCUGGACACAAAGGGAAUAAAAUCAGCAGAGUUAUACACAAGUGGUGAUGUUGAAUG